GCUGAAUUGCCUACCCGGCCCGUUGAAAUGCCGGGUGUUGUCGCCACGCCCCUUAUCCGAGACGGAGGUGCGGAGAGCGUCUGCAGCCAGUAUUGCAGAAUCGAGGGAUUGUGCUCGCGAAGUUGCGAAUCGGGGAUUGCUUGGAAUCACAGGGCAUGGUAACGAUGGCAGCCUUGGCAGCCUUGGCGACAACAUCGCUGGGUUCGAAGCUAUCGCUAGGUUCGGCCAUGAAUGGCAACACCAAGCGGGCGCAGUCGAAUGCUGCUGUACCCGUGGUGUCGAGCAUGGUCGCGGGCCUGCUACGAGUUCAUGCUGCGAAGGGGAUUCAAGGGGGAUUGAAUUUCGCGAGGAGUGACAAUAACCGCGUCCAAAUUUUUGCGCGCCCUGAGUACCUCAAGCGGAUCGAGACGAGAACUGCCGUGCAAUCCGAAGAACGGCAAGCAGAAGAACUAGCGGAGGAUAAGGAAGAGGCAGUAUUUGAAGAGAAUAGUUUAUCAAAAUGGCUUUACCCACCAGAGGAGGAGCUCCCCGAUGAUAAAGAGAUGACCAUCUUUGACCAUUUAGAAGAGCUCAGGGAGAGACUUCUGGUUUCUGUUCUAGCGGUUGGGGCAGCUAUUCUUGGUUGUUUCGUUUUUGCCAAGGAUCUCAUUGUACUUCUCGAAAAGCCUGUUUCUCCCCUUGGUGUUCGAUUUUUGGCUCUCUCACCUGGCGAAUAUUUUUUCACCACUCUUAAGGUGUCAGGUUAUACUGGACUUCUCCUCGGCAGCCCCGUAAUAUUAUAUGAAAUUAUAGCGUUUGUUGUUCCUGGUUUAACUCGUAGCGAAAGGAAACUGCUGGGGCCCGUUGUGUUCGGAUCCUCGUUCUUAUUCUAUGCAGGCCUGGCGUUCUCUUACUCAGUUCUUACUCCUGCAGCUCUCAACUUCUUCGUCAACUACGCAGAAGGGGUAGUUGAAUCGCUUUGGUCUAUCGACCAGUACUUCGAGUUCGUGUUGGUGCUCAUGUUUAGUACUGGGUUAUCCUUCCAGGUGCCUGUAAUUCAAUUACUAUUGGGGCAGACAGGGCUGAUAACGGGGGACCAAAUGCUGUCGGUGUGGAGAUAUGUUGUUGUUGGAGCUGUCGUUGCUGCGGCUAUCUUGACUCCUUCCACUGACCCCUUGACGCAAUGUCUACUGGCUGGACCAUUAAUUGGCCUCUACAUGAGUGGCGCUCUUGCUGUGAAAUUUCUGAUUAACAGUAAUGAGACCCCGAAACUAGAAGACUAGGAAUCUGUAGUUAUAUUCACCCUUGUUCACCACACGGAGAACUUUUCUACCCAUACUGAGAGUUUAAAUUAAUCAGCCAAUGGCUCAUGAAACUACUGUUGCUGAAGUUGUUCAUGGAGAAUGUUAGAUGUGCUCUUUGACUUGAACAGUAAACCAUCGUAUGAUGUAGUUGUAGCGCGGAGAAGACGAGGAAGUUCUGGUGUAUAAGGAGCACAAGCUCAGUGUCUUCGCAGAUUUUCAACAUACUCUGAGGCGUUCAACUGAAAUGCAUUUUCUGGUCUAAA